AGUGACAGGACGGACCCGGAAGUGUGCGGUGCUGCUGUCUGAUAGACGCUCCAUGGACGGACUGUCCGCAGUAGGUCUCAGCGGGUUCGGCCGAGGCGCUGCUGGGCGGCUAUGGAUCCCCGGAUGGUGUCCUAGAUCACCAAUCACUCCCAGGAUCUGUAUUUGAAGGCAUCUAAAAGACCAGAAUAAACAUGGCUUUUGGAGCUGCAGGCCUUAACAACCAACUUGUCCUAUGUGCACAUUGACUGUUAUACUGCUUGAACAGAGGCGAACAGGAGAACUUCAUCUGGAAACGGAACUCCUCAAAAUCUGUUUAAAUGAGAAUGUCCCUGGCUCAGAGAGUGCUGCUCACCUGGCUGUUUAGCUUGCUAUUCCUGAUCAUGCUAGUACUAAAGCUGGAUGAGAAGGCACCAUGGAAUUGGUUCAUCAUUUUUAUUCCCAUCUGGAUAUUUGACACUAUACUCCUGGUCAUGCUCAUUGUAAAGAUGGCAGGUAGAUGUAAAUCAGGCUAUGACCCUAGGAAUGAAGCCCAGAAUAUGAAGAAAAAGUCCUGGUACCUCACAGCUAUGCUCUUGAAAUUGGCAUUCUGUCUCGCUUUAUGUGCCAGACUUGAACAAUUUGCAAAUAUGUACUUAUGCUUUGUCUUUAUACCUUUCUGGAUUUUGCUGAUCGGAGGACUGGGUGAACUUGGAUAUAAUGUAUUUUAUGUAAGAAGAGACUAAUUGUUUUAGUCCUGCUUACGUAACAUAUAUGCUUUUUUUUUUUUUUUUUUUUUCCUUCUACAGAUUUUAUAUACUUUUUUAUGCUUUAGUGCCAGAUGGACAGUGACUUAUUUAACCCUUUGUGUGCCAGAAAGGCAUGAAAGACCAAAUAGAUUGCAAUGCUAUGGGUGCUCAUUCCCAGGGAUAUAAAAUGAAAGCAUGGAUUUUCUGGUUAGGUUAAUUUAUUUACAUAUAAUAAAGGUUAUACAUCCAUUAAA